CACGAAUUUAUUAUAAGCGAUCAUACUCAAUUUUCAUACUAAUCAUUGUCGUUAUAAAAAAAGUUUAUUAAUAUUGUUGUAUGUACUUAUAAAAACUCUUGCAAUCACUUUAGAAAAAAUUAAAGACAUGUCAUCAGAAGUUAUUGGAAGACUUAUAACAGAUUUUAAUAAUUUAAACGAAAAAUGCGUUCAUUUAGUAGAAGAAAAUCAAAAUCUUAAACAACAAAAUCAAAAUCUUCAACAAGAAAAUCAAAUUUUAAAAGAAAAUCUUCAAGAGAAAGAUAAACAACUUGAAAAAUUUCAAGAAAGAAAUAAACAAUAUGAAAAACUUGAACAACAUGUCAAAAAUUUAGAAAAACAAAAAAGUGACGAACUUCAACAACUCCAACAACUUGAAAUAAUCUCUCAAAAUUUACAAAAUAAUCUGGGAAUACUUGGUUCAGAUAAAGCUAAAAAAAAUGACAUUAAAAUUACUGAAAAAAAAAUGUUUUUAACUAAUAAAUAUGAUGAACGAAAAAAAGAAAUUAUGAAUAAACCACCAAUAAUUAAUCUCGAAAUUUUUUCUGGAUCAUUAAGUUCUUUUAAUGAAAGUAUAGAUAUAGAUACAGAAAAAUCCAAGCUUUAUUCCGAUAUUAAACUCGUUGUUGGGUUGGACUUUGGAACAACUUCCUCUGCAUUCUUCAUUAACAUUGUUACUAAAGAAUCUUCUGGUUGGUUGUCACGGCAAAAAGAUACAAUUCUUGUGUAUAAUUACGACUACAGUGAAGUGGUAGCUUGCGGAUAUAUUAAUAAAUGUCCCAGAUUCAAUAUUGUUGAAUUAUUUAAAUUACACUUGGGCAGCUUGCCAGAUAAUUUAAAACCAAAACUUCCAAUCGAAUAUAAAAGAGCCAUUGCCGAUUAUCUUAAAGAGAUUAGAAAGGAUAUUAAAAGUGAAGUUGCAAGACGCAUGCCAGAAGCUAAUUACUUCGAAGAUGUAUUAUUAGUUUUUACUGUUCCUGCAGAAUAUUCAGAAGAAGACAGAUAUUAUGAGGGAAUUAAAUCUUCAGAAAAGUUACAAUUCAUUACAGAAUCUGAAGCUGCAGCAAUUUAUUGCAUGGAAAAUGAAUUACCGAAUUAUAACUUGUUAUCCAUAGGAAGGACGUUUAUUAUUAUUGACUGUGGUGGUAGUACUAUAGAUAUAACUACUCAUAAGAUAGUAGGAAAUAAUCCAUUACAAUUAAGUGAGGUUACCGAACUCAUUAGAGAUUUUUGUGGAAGUACAUUUAUUGAUGAUGAAUUUAUUAAGUUAUUAAAUGAAAAAUUUGAGACACGUGCCAUAGAUCUAUUAAAGAAAAGUCAUUAUAAUAAAUUUCGAUACAUUGUUUUUGAAUUCUGUCAGCGCGUAAAGAAAUCUUUUGCAGGAGAUGAUAAUACAAAAUUUAGUUAUACAUUAGAUGUUGAAGAAAAAAUCCCAGAUUUAUUGCAAUAUGUCAGUGAAGAAACAAAAAAAAUCAUGGAAGCAAAUAACUGGUUGAUCGACAUUGAAUAUAAUGACAUAAAAAAAUUGUUCGAUCCUAUUAUAGAUAGAAUUAUUCGUUUAAUACACAUACAACUUUUAAAUAACAAAGAAACUUGCUCAGCAAUGUUUUUAGUUGGAGGAUUCAGUGGAAAUAAAUAUUUACGAAGAAGAAUUGAACAAGAAUUUCAUCAUGCUGUGAAAAUUAUUUCACCUUUAGAUGCAAUUUCACGUGGAGCGGCGGAUUAUGGACUUUUACUUUUAAAUCCAAAUUUAAAUAAAUUAGGAAAUAACGAUAUUUCUUCAAGUAUUCUCAAAUACACUUAUGGCAUUCAAUUUACCUCAGAUUGGAAAGAUGAUGACCCUCCUAAUAGAAAGACUUCUGAUAGAAAAAUUUCUAAAUUUAUUUCUUUGGUCAAACGAGGCACUGAGGUUACAUCAGAUCAGGACUUUACUUUUAAUUUUAAGCCCGAAUCGGGUCAAACACACGCAAAAUUUGAAGUUUACUACACAAAUGAAAAAUCUGCAACAUACAUUGAUGAACCGGGAAUGAAACUACUUGGAGUAUUAAAUGUUGAUCUUCCAGAUGCACAUCUUGACAAUAGAAGCAUUAACUUUGGAUUAACUUUUGAUCCGAAUAAAAUCACUGCAUUUACAAGGAAUGAACUCAAUGGACAAAAAUUUGUAACUAAAUUUUGUUAUCAAUAAACCAUAAAUGAAUGAAGUCAAAAGG